AUGGCAACUGCAAGCGCAAAUGAAAUAACUGAAAAAUUAGAAGCAAGUAACAUUCAAACAACAUCGUCCGGAAAGAAUGCAGCUGAUGCGAUCAAAAGCCAAGCUAAUGAAGCAUUUAAAAAUUGUGAUUAUGAGAAAUCGAUAGAACUCUAUACGAAAGCGAUCGAAAUUCAUCCGGAUGCGAUCUUGUACUCAAAUCGAAGUUUUGCCUAUCUUCGCCGAGAAUGGUUUGGUUAUGCAUUGAUUGAUGCGAAAAAAGCCUUGGAAUACGAUCCGAAAUACAUCAAAGCAUACUAUCGACGAGCAUCUGCGUAUUUGGCAUUAGGAAAAUAUUCAUCCGCUCUAUCUGACUACGAAUAUGUUAAGAAGGUCUGUCCGAAUGAUAAAGAUGCAAAUAUAAAAUAUGAAGAAUGUAAGAAAAUCGUUACACGAAUACGAUUUGAAAAGGCAAUCUCUGUGAAUGACUCAUCAAAAUCCGUCGCAAAUCAGAUUGAUUUUAGUUCCAUGACAAUUGAAUCGGAUUAUGACGGGCCACGUUUAGAGGACGACACUCGUGUGACAAAAACAUUCAUGGAAGCGCUUCUCCCAUAUUUCGAAAAACAAAAGAAACUUCAUAAAAAUUGUGCCUAUCAAAUCGUUCUACAGAUACUUUCCCUGUUCAAGUCUUUGCCUACUUUGAUUGACAUUAGUGUACCUUCAAAACGCAAAUUUACCAUUUGUGGAGAUAUUCAUGGGCAGUUCUAUGAUCUACUGAAUAUAUUCAAAUUAAAUGGUUUACCUUCGGAGGACAAUCCAUAUUUAUUCAAUGGUGACUUUGUUGAUCGAGGUUCAUUUAGUGUAGAAUGUAUUUUGACUUUAUUUGGCUUUAAAUUACUCUAUCCAAAUCAUUUCUUCCUUGCUCGAGGAAACCAUGAAUCCAUAACAAUGAAUCAAAUGUAUGGUUUUGAAGGUGAAGUGAAGGCAAAAUAUACGCCUCAAAUGUUUGAAUUGUUCACAGAAGUUUUCAAUUAUCUACCCCUAUGUCAUUGUAUCAACAGCAAAGUUCUUAUUAUGCACGGCGGAUUGUUUAGUAAAGAUGAUGUCACACUGAAAGACAUUCGUACUGUUGAUCGAGUUCGACAGCCACCUGAAGAUGGUAUCAUGUCAGAAUUGUUAUGGAGUGAUCCUCAGCCGCAGUAUGGUCGAUCGGAAAGCAAACGUGGCGUGGGACUUCAAUUUGGUCCUGACGUUACCGAACAUUUUCUCAAACUAAACAAUCUAGAAUAUAUUGUUCGUAGUCACGAAGUUAAACAAGAAGGCUAUGAAUUAGCUCAUAAUGGUAAAUGUAUAACGAUCUUUUCUGCACCAAAUUACUGUGAUACUAUGGGAAAUAAGGGCGCAUUUAUCACGAUCACUGGUGAUGAUGUCACACCGAAAUUUACAUCGUAUACCGCUGUUCCCCAUCCAGCAGUUCGGCCAAUGAUGUACGCAAAUCAAUCGUCUUUGUUUGGUUUGAUGUAG